UUCCUAAUUACCGGCUUUCGCUACCGUCUCGUCGAAUGUGGUGGCUUUCGCGUCUGCCCACUGCUCUCCUUAAUUGCCCCCUCCACAUCCAUCGAGGCGCGAUGCACAAAGGCCCCUUCCAAAUUCGGCCGGAGCCCCAAGGAGCCCAGAAUCAACCACCUUCCACGGCCUCAUUUGUCAGCUCAAGCAUUCGCUGUACUUGCUCAGCACCCAGCCCUUAUCGAGUCUCUUGAGUGGUUGGAGCUCAUGCCCCGUGAUUCAUCCAGUUGCACCGCUCUCUCAGGCUCUUGCGCGUUCUCUCAUCUUUCCACUUCUACUAAUACAUCUUCCCUCGCUUCCGAAUGGGACUCGUCAGCCACCUCCUCUAAGUUAUUCGCUUCUACACUCAACUGCCCUCCGAUUGAUGCUCUAGCCAUCUAUUCUCCUUCAGCUCUCAUUUUCUCCGGCUGCCCGGUUAUUCACCUUUACCGACCCAUACCUCUUCUUGAAAUAGUGCCCGGAGGUCUGAUCAGUUUGCCAAAUCUACCCAUUUCUAGAUUAGGGCCUGCCCUGCCUACUGCUGAUCAAGAUGCCAGCUCCGUCAAUGCUCAGGUUGAGAUGGAACUUUAUCACGUCAAGAGGUUCGAUGAGGCGUUGGCGUCUCGUGCCCGGCUUGAAGGUCAACAAGAAACGCCAAAAGAUUCGCUCCAAAUAACUUCACGGUCUGAUGCCGAUAGGGAACCAGAGCAACCCAUACAAUUCCAGCAUCCCUUACGACUAAGAAGCAAUCUUGAUUCAGCAAAGGGUUUAUAUUAUGAGUUAGAGGUUUUGCUUUAUCCAAAUGAGGUACGCUGGCUGCCCCUACACUUCUACCUUAAAGACGAGCACCGCUCCGCCAAUCCUCCGCGAUCACCAGACUCCAAGUCAAAACAGCCAGUGUCAAGAGAGUCGCAUCCUCGACUGUUCAUCCUAAAUGCCCGCAUAGAAAUGGCUCCAGCGACCACGAGCCCAGUGGUUCUGGCUGCCUUAGGUGGGAAGCAAGGAUUGUCUAACAGUCCAGUCCAUCAUUUUGCCCAAUGCCAUGGGCUGGACAACAUUAUUUCUAGGUAUGGAGUACCUGCCUUUUCGGGACAUCUUCUUUUUUCUUAA